GCCGGCUCUGGGAAGAUGGCUGCUGCCGUGCUGCUGGCAGUGGGUUUGCACACCGCGCGCAGCCCCGCGGGGGCCGCGUGGGCCCGGGGGGCGCAGGUCCGGGGAAAUGCAGGUGUGACUGACGGGGGUGAAGUGGCCAAGGCCCAGAAAGCAGCUCCUGGAGGGGCAGCGCCAACCAUCUUCUCCCGGAUUUUGGACCGAAGCCUCCCAGCUGACAUUCUAUAUGAAGACCAGCAGUGUCUAGUGUUCCGUGAUGUGGCCCCUCAGGCUCCUGUGCAUUUUCUGGUCAUUCCUAAGAAGCCCAUUCCUCGAAUUAGCCAGGCUGAAGAAGAAGACCAGCAGCUUCUAGGACACUUACUCCUUGUGGCCAAGAAGAUAGCAAAGGCUGAGGGUCUGAAAGAUGGGUAUCGGCUUGUGGUCAAUGAUGGGAAGAUGGGCGCACAGUCCGUGUAUCACCUGCAUAUUCACGUACUUGGAGGCCGACAGCUGCAGUGGCCGCCUGGCUAACCUGCCAGGUGACCUGGGACCACAGACCUGGAUGUGUGGGUGGAGAAAGGGAAAAGAAAUCCUAUGGCAUUAAUAAACUUAUUCCCCCUCA